AUGAACCUCUUGUACCGGUACUCCGCCGCUGGGGAUAUGGAGGCAGUUCUCGCGACGUGGAACAACUGCAGAGAGAAAGACGGUAAGAAGGAUCGUCUUUGCAGCGAGGCUUACAACAUUGUCAUGAGCAUUUUCACGCGGGAAAGGAAUGAUUUGGGGGCAGUGAAUAUGUUCUAUAAGAUGAUUGAUGAAGGUGGUAUUCCAAAUUCUAGAACUUAUACUGUCAUGAUGGAGCAUCUCCAGGAAAUCGGAUUCAGCAAUGGAGGUUUUCGAUUUGUUGCCCAGAAGGGUCAAGCGGACUUCGAAGCAGUACUUGGUUUAGGUUGA